AUGGACGACGAAUACUCGCAGAAUCCUCGAUUUAUUAAGCUACAAGAGGAGCUUCAUUACGUUCUAUUCACCAGCACAUCAAAUGUGAGUUCGCCCAUUGGCCAUUGGCAGGAGUCAGACGGCUCCAUCCUUCAUGGCGACCGGGACGGCGGGGACUCAGGUGGCGUGCAGCAUCGCCAGUCAACGGAGGACGAGGGCGAAUUCGACUUCUCGCGGGUGCCUUUGGUUCCCCAAAUCAGCCUGAUCAACUAUCUCCAUAAUUGGAUUCACCAGCCUGCCCCUCUGCUGGACAACUUUGACGAGGAGCGCCAUUUUCGGAUCGAGGUUCCCAGGCUCGCACGAAGGUCGCCCACCCUUUUGUAUGCGAUCCUCGCUGUAUCGGCUUGUCAGAUGGAGCGCAAGUCAGCAACUCGUAAGGGGUCGGACAGCUUGCUGCUAUACCAAGAGAGCAUCCGUCUCCUCGCGUCCAGCCUGCCCGCUAGAGAUAGAGAUCCCGCCAUACUUGUCACGGCUUGCAUCCUCGCCGUUCUCGAGCUCAGCUCUGGCCAGCCGCGCAACUGGAAGCGGCACAUCGAGGGCUGCGCGAGCCUCUUUAGCAUGUUCAGCGUCCAUGGCUUCUCGGGCGGCCUGCUGCAGGCCGUUUUCUGGUGCUUUCCCCGCAUGGAGCUCUGCGGCGUACUCCUCUCCGAGGGCACAGAGACCACCGUGAUGCCACUACAUAAAUGGGUACCUAUCACAGAUGCGCCAAGCCCACUCGGGUCUCUAGGAGCUGGUGAGGAUGUGGUGACAUCGCUCUUUUUACAGUGUGCUCUCCAAUCUCCUGGCAUGUGUGCCAACUGGGUUGUAUAUCUCUGUGCAAGAGCAUGCGACCUGCUCUAUCGACAGACCCAACAGCCAGAAUUACACGCGACUCCCAAUGACCGGAAUGGUGCUCUCUCCUUUGCCGAGCAGUGGCAACAGCUUUGGGACACACUACAACAAUGGUUUGAGUCCCGCCCACCGGCAUUACAGCCGGUUCAGCGAGUCGCUGCCGAUGACUUGCCGCCGUUUCCUACCAUUGUCUUCCACCACUUCGCUGCCAUUUCUAGCACUGAAGCAUAUCACACUGCAUGCAUAGUCAUGCUGGAGAUGAGGCCAUCAGACGCGGUCACAACCGGUCCCUACAACGUGCCCUCCUGGCACGCCCGAAGAAUAUGCGGCAUCUCAAGGUCUAAUCCAAAUCUCGCUAAUCUCGCCAACUCUAUUCAGCCAUUGUACCUGGCAGGAAAACUCCUUAGCCAUCCGAGUGAGCAGAUCGCGAUUGCCAGGAUUCUCAAAUACAUCGAAAAGGCCUCGGGUUGGGGAGCUCUGUGGAGGCUGAACGACCUAGAGCGCAUCUGGGGAUACGAGCCAGGUGAAAUCAUGAAUGCCGUGUGA